CAUUCUAAAAUAUCUAUGCACGGUGUCUGCCUAGCCUUGGACUUAUAGGUUUAAGUUACAUGCAGAUGGAACUCAUCGCAUACAUUUAAAAGGAUUUUUUACAAUCUCUCUAAAUACUUCACUGCAAUCUUAAAGCUUCUAACAAGCAGAGAGUUCCUUCCAGGGAAGACUCGUGACAACUUGUCGUCUAGGAAUGAAUAAUUAACAUGAGAAAAUCAAACAUGGAACUCGCUCAUCAAUUAUUGUUAUAUUAAUUUUAAGCUAUGGUUUUCAAGUUUAUGUCCACCCUGGCUAACUCCAUCUAUUUAAAUUAUUGUGGCGGUUAUAGUCAGUAAGGUUCUCCUGUAGUUCUCAAGAUUAGUUUUUAAUCCGUGAAACACUUAUUUCUCUUUACAUAAUUAAUCCUGAACUGUGUUUAGUUAGCUGCCAUUAUUCCCUGUAAUUAUCAUAACCAAACGUGCGAGGUGUUCCAACUAAUAAUAACUAUUUGAAAACUAAAAAAAAGUAAUCGACUCAUCAUUACUAAUUAAGGUGCUUAGUUCAGCCAAACACGACAUGUUCCGUGGGUAAAGAACAAAAAUACCAUAUUGACAGUCAAAUCCUAAAAGACGUAUUAGAGCUUACUGCGAGCAUGGAAAGAAAACUUCGACUAUCAAUCUUACGAAAUAGUUAAAUAAACAAAAAAUUUCCUUUGCCAAUAUAAAUUUAAUUAUUCAUAAAAGCUUCAUAAAAAAUGAACUUUUGAAAGCAUUCCUGUUUUAUCAUUAACCGCAACAACUUCAAAUAGUUUUUUUUUUUUCGAGAUUGCUUACAGUGGGCCAGAAAUAUUUCAUCGUUUUUGACGGACAUCAAUAUGAAUAGUUUCAGAAUAAGGUACCAGAUGGUCCAAGGGUAAUUAAAUGCGAGUCUUCUGCUCUCAUGAAUAUUACAUAACAAUUAGAUGUUUUUCGGUUUUCGAAGCAGUGUAAUCGUUGGAACGUGACUAAUUAUCAUAAGCAUUGCCAUCUUUCACAAGAGGAAGGGAUUGAUGCAUGACAAAAGUUUCUAAUAAUGUCCGAACCAGCUGAAAUUGCCGUAACAUCGAUACUGGCCCUACUCAUCAUUGCGAACAUCAUUGGUAACUGUCUAGUUUGUCUCGUCAUAAAGAAAUAUAGAGAUAUGAGGACUCCCAUCAACUACCUACUGGCCAACCUGGCGGUCUCUGACAUCGUGUUUGCGCUUUUCAUAGCACCAAAUCAUGUUUUGAAAAAAUCGUUCAAUCAUCCAGACAACACCAUUGGAUCAGUCUUGUGUAAGGUUCUCACUGGCGGUAAUGUGGCAUGGAUUGGAGUAGCAUCGUCUGCUUUGACCCUCGUUGUCAUAUCAGUUGAACGCUUCUAUACUGUCACGAGUCCUGUUAGUAGCAAUGCAAAACUAACCAUGCGGAAAGUAAAGACGAUUAUUCCCGCUUGUUGGAGCAUUGGAGCACUUUUCAGUAUACCAAUCUUCCUGGUUACGACUUAUGAUAAAACAACUCGCAAAUGUAAGUGGAAUUGGCACGAGCAAUGGAUGGGUGCAGUGUACGACACCAUCUGGCUGGUACUGUUGGCUCUAAUUCCUCUGUUAGUGAUGACUGGUUUAUAUUCAAAAGUUGUUUACAUGUUGUGGUUCAAACGAAACGAAGAAAAUGAACUCGCCUUUCAACAGAAGGGAGUCCUUAAGGUGAGGAAGCGUGUAACAUUGAGUAUGAUCACUGUCAGCGCCAUAUUUGGAGCUUGUUGGAUCACAGGACUGCUGGCUUACAUCUUAAGCCACCUUGACAUCUUCAUAUUUGGCUCAGUCUCAUACGUCGUUUCUGACACUUUGUUCAUGUUCAACUCUGCUAUCAACCCUUACAUUUAUGCACUGCUCAAUGAGCGUUUCAGGCAAAAGCUCAGGUUAUUGUGCUCUGCUAACCGCACUCCUAGGGUAUAUAAUUCAAGCUAGCCUGGCAUUACGCGCACUACUAACACCUCCAACAAGAAAAACACUUUGGCAUUUUCACAGAGUAAACGUAGUGGUCGAAUGUUAAAAUGGAGCUCGAAAGUAACAGAGAAGCAACAUGUAAAACAGGAGAAACACCAACUGACUCCCACAAGCCCGUAAUAUUACACAGGAAUAUAACGAGUGGUGACAUAAAAGGAGGGAAAUGUGGAAAUUUUCUUCCGUUAUUAUUUUAAAUUUUGAUUUUUCUUCCUCUUCCUCUUUAGUACUUCAUUUUGUAUUCACGCUUGGAGCACGCAAUUUUACCAUAUUAGAUAAUCACGCUAAAUGACCCUAAACCUUGAUACUGGAAAUAUGACCCGGACACUUUCGCGUGCUUUUGUUGUUUUGUUUUUCAGAGUUGGUUUUUAGCUUUUUUUUUAGCUUUCUUUCACCCAAAUUUGCUACCCCGUUAUUUUGGAAUCUCGGAAUCUAUGUUUGAGCCAAAUGUUGUGGUUAAUUUAACAAGUUCUAUAUAUAUAUUUUUUACGGAGUUUAGACUCUCACCUUCUUUUUUUUGUAAAAAUGUUUUUUAAAGAAAGUUUGGAUGUGUUGGCGCUGUGAUGUUUGAUAUACGUCCCUUUACAAAAUGUUUCAGGUCUGACGUUAUCUGAUGAUGAGAAAUAGCGAGAUUAAAACAUGACGUUUCGGCGAAGACAUGUCACCAUUACCAAAUGUAAAAUUAUUGUUACUUCAGUGAUGUUAUAGAAAGUAAGAAAAGUGUGAAACUAAAUUAGAAUAAAGGAGAUAGAGUUAAACAAAAGAAUGUACAUAAUUAAAUGAAUAGUUUCGCUGAAAUGCCUUGCCGACACCGUGCGCAGACAACUUGGAGACCUUGGAAAGAAAAUCGACCGUGUACUACAACUAGUUUUCACAGGUAGGAAAAUCGCGAAAGGUUUAAAAGUCACGGAAACAAAAAAGCCCUCACUGAUAAACCUACAAUGCGUUGUGUAUGAAUUUGAAGGUAAUUCGUGUGAUGCGGAUUAUAUAGGCUACACGAACCGUCACCUCCACCUUCGCAUUUUCCGUUAUCGGUAAACAUCUUAAGGACGAAUACAAUCAAAGACCGAACAAUCUUCACGAGCAAUUUGCCAUCCUAAAGAAAUGCCGCGGAAAGUUUGAGCGCCUUAUUUAUGAAACGCUUUUAAUAAGGAAAAAGAGACCGACUCUGAA